AAGCGAGGCACUCUCCCCAUUUGAGGCAGCUGCGCACCGCCGCAAUUCGCAUCGUACGCACGCCAAAGGCGGUGUGCGCCUUCCAUACCAUCCUAGCUGCCACCGGGCCGCCGCGCGGUGCUGCCAGGACCUCAAAAGUCGUUUUAAUUCAAGAGGCGACUACUAUUCACCAUGACACCCGCGCCCACCGCAAGCACCACGAAGAUCGCGUCGGCCGCCCCGGCCCUCGCCAAGGCACCCCCCGCCGCCAAGAUGAGCGUCGUCGUGCCGUCGGCUCUCGUACGAGCGGGAACGGUGACGCCGCCGGAGCAACGCAGCCCCUCGGGCCGCCGCCCGGACGCCGCGCUCCCCGCGUGGCCGCCGGGCGUCCGCGUCACUGUCGAAGCGCCGGUACCGAAGGUGAGCUCCUCGGACGAUGAAGCUUCCCCGCGCGCCGCCUCCGCGGCGCGGCUCCCGCCGACGCCCGGCGUCGAGAAGCGCGAGCUCCUCGCGGCCGUGGCUUCGCCGGGAGCCGUCUACCGGACGCCCGAGCUCCUCUACGAGCCCGUCAAGCCCUCCCAAUUAGAUGCCGUGCGCAUUCUCGACGAGAACCCCAACCGCGCCGCCUGGCUCCUUUUAUCCCUCAAGCCGCCGCGCAAGGCCUUACCGCAAGCACCGGCCCCGCCCCGACGCGCGCCCAAGGCGUCGUCGGCCCCGCGGCCGUUCGCCCCCUCGCGCUUCCGACGCAACCACCAGGCGAUGUCGAAGCCUCCCCAAGACGCUGAUGGGAACUAUCCCUGCGCGCACAAGUGUGGCCGAGUCUUCGGGCACGCACCCGCCGCCGUCUGGCGCCUGUGUGGAAAUCAAGCCAUAUGAUUCAGCGCGAGACUUCAUUUCUACACAGGUCGCACACUCCAAGGCCUGCAAGCACAAGCCGCCCGGAUGGUGCUGACUCAGAGCAUAAAAUGAGCUUCAACAUGACGUGGUCGCGGCGAUGGCGUCGACGCGGUGCCGCACCGCCUCGACGCCGUCGAUGCGGCCGCAUGAGAGUCUACAUGCCUCGUGAGAGAGCCGCGGUCGUUUCGUGACUGUGUCGUUCCCACACAGGCAACCGAUCUUUCUCUGAACGAUCUUUCUCUGAAAAUCGGUCCUCAAAAUCACGCCCAAGACCCUGUGUGUACUCCUCAAAAUCAAAAUCCCCCGCCUGUUCCGCUAAAAAAAAUACCACAAAGUUGAAAAUAGU